AUGCCUGGGACACCAUCAGCAUCGUGGGCGAUGUACGCUGCCCGGGCCAAGAUGAUUCUGCAUCAUCCUAACAUGAGAGUCAUACUUGCUUUUUGGCUUCUCGGACUGAUCAACAAUGUCCUCUACGUCAUCAUCCUCUCGGCCGCGCAGGAUCUAGUAGGCAGCCUGCCCAAAGGCAUCGUGCUGCUCGCCGACGUGGUCCCCUCAUUCGCGACCAAGCUCACGGCUCCAUACUUCAUACACCGCGUUCCGUACAAGCUGCGCGUGCUGGCGUGCAUAUCCCUGUCGGUUACGGGAAUGCUGAUGGUGGCGCUCACGCCGGCGACGGACUCGACGGCCGCCAAGAUGGUGGGCGUGGUGCUGGCCAGCCUGAGCAGCGGCAUCGGGGAGCUCAGCUUCCUCGGCCUGACGCACUACUACGGCCAGGCCAGCCUGGCGGGAUGGGGGUCCGGCACGGGCGCCGCCGGCCUGGUGGGCGCGGGGCUGUACGUCACCCUCACCGACUGGUGGGGGCUCAGCGUCAAGGACAGCCUGCUCGUCGCGGCGACGCUGCCCGGCGCCAUGUUCGUCAGCUUCUUCUUCGUCCUGCCGUGGGGUCCGCUGCGCGACGCGGGCGCCACCGCGCAGCGGCAGCACGGCUACGAGGCCGUGCCGGACGACGAGGCCAUCGAGGAUGGCCAGUCGCCGCUCCUAGGUGGCCGGGACCCCCGGACACCCGUUGCCCCGGCGGGCUCGCACUCGGUGCGGGCCAACCUGCGUCGCGUCAGGGCCCUCCUGGUGCCGUACAUGAUGCCCCUCUUCCUCGUCUUCAUGGCCGAGUACGCCAUCAACCAGGGCGUGGCGCCCACGCUGCUCUUCCCCGUCGACGAGUCCCCCUUUCGCGAGUACAGGGGCUUCUACCCGUUCUACGGCUUCCUGUACCAGCUCGGCGUCUUCAUCUCGCGCUCCUCGACGCCCUUUGUCCGCAUCCGCCACCUGUACGUGCCCUCGCUGCUGCAGGUGGCCAACUUCGUCUUCCUGAUCCUGCAUUCGCUCUAUUUCUUCAUACCGUCCGUCUACCUCGUCUUCGCCGUCAUCUUCUGGGAAGGUCUCCUGGGGGGGGCAGUCUACGUCAACAGCUUUGCUGAGAUGCUCGAGAAGGUGCCCGUGGAAGAUCGCGAGUUCAGCUUGAGCGUAGCCACCGUGAGUGACAGUGCCGGCAUCUGCAUUGCCGGCCUGCUGGGCAUCCCACUGGAGCCGUGGCUCUGCGCCUACCAGGUUUCGCAGGGACGGGACUGGUGCCGGAGGAUCAAGGCUCAGCGGGGCUAG